AGGGGAGGGGGCGGCGGCGGGUACGGGGCUGCGACCUCCAGGCUCUGGGACCCCCCAGGCUCUGGGACCCCGUGUCUCGGGCUGCGCUGCCCCGGAGCGGCUGCACUGUUGGGGUGGCGCGGGGCGGGAGGAGAAGUGCCGGCGAUUUUGUGUCCUUUGCCAUAAGGUGUGAUUUGCCCCCUGAACCCCAAAUCCCUUGGGGUUUGCCGCUCCAUCCCGGAGCCCCUUGUCCGUUCCUCGCCUCGCUUCCAAGCCCUUCUGCCCCCGUCAGACACGGGCAGUUUGUAAGCACAGCGGGGCAGCAAGGUGUGGGGUGCCUGAAGGAGGGUGAGGGGAUCAUCCCUCCCUGUGCUGGCACGGUCACCCGUAAGGUGGCAUUUUAUUCUGCCGGGGGACUCCACACUGGAACGGCUGGGGACUGCUCACACUCGCUGGCCCUCCAGCUCUGCUGGGGCCUGUCACCAUCAGGAGAGACGCUGCAAUGGCUCAGAGUGUGCUGGGGUAGCUGGGGAUGUUUCUGGCAGCAGGCAGCUGCCCUGCGGGAAACUCUCGGGUUGGGUUUCUCCACACCCUGGCUCUCAUCCCGCUUGGCUCAAGAAUGUAACUCAGACUGGGGCAAGGGAGCCUGCAUGGGGCCAGGCUGUGAGGGGCUCGUGGCAUCCCUCACAUAACAGGAGAGAGCAGAAGAGAUGCGUCCUUGCAUCCACAUGCCCUUCCUUGUGCUUCCUUGGGCUUUCUUGGGCUGGAAGGGAUCAUCCCUUCUUUGCUGCGUUUGUGGGGAGGGCACUGCUCCAUGGUUGGGACUGGGCAUGCUUGGGCCGUGCUGGGAGCCUGGAGGGGCUGGCACUGGGCGAGAAGUUUAGCUCCAAACUCAGUGUGGUAAUGGGCCCAAGGGCUGCAAGCUGCUCCCUUGCACACUGCCACCUUGUACACAUGCAUGGCAGGGUGCCAAGAGGACAGAACUGUUGGUGGCACUGAGCCCAUCUCUGUCCCAGUCCUGCAUGUCUCCCUGCUUCUCCAGCCCUGGUGCCUCUUCCUCCACCCCAGCUUCCCUAAGACAUGCCCAUCUCUCUGAUCUGCUGCGGCACAGGGGCUGCAGGGCAGGUGAGCACCUGGAGCUGUGGCUCUGCGAAGUGGCUGUGCCAGGCUGGGUGCUGCUGGAAAGCAGGAGGGUGCAGGUGGAUGGGUGACUGGGGUUGUCCCCCCUGGUUCCCUGAGGGCCAUGGGGUGCAGGGGCUGAGAGCGCACUGCAGGGGAUGGAUGUGGGACGCUCCUGGAGCUGUGCUGGCCAGCAUCAGGGCACCAACUCUGCAGGGCACAAGAGGAGUGCUGGGCUACUCUCUGUUUUUGGGUGAGGGCACUCCAAGUCCUGGGCCGGUGGGUCAGCGCCCUGUGGGUUGGAUGUGGGGGGAUACAGGCACUACAGCAAGUCCUUGCAGUCUGAACCUUGCAAGAAAGAUCCGUGUUGGGAAGGCACAGCCCCAGCACUGGGCACUACUAGGAAGGAUUUGGGAUGGCACCCCAGCUACUCCAUGUCUCCAGCAACAUGUGAGGUCCCCAAGAGUGGACAGGUGGUCCCUAUGUGGCCUGGGGACAGCCAAACAGCCACAGCUUGCCCCACAACUAGGAUGUCUCCCAAGAGCAGGGCUACAGCCCUGGCCAGUGCUGUUCUGCCCUGCUGAGGCACACUGAGCAGGGGAUGGCUGCUGUCUGGCCCGAGAGCCCACAAGGGUCUGGCAGUCGGGCUUGGCAGCUGCCUGCACGCUGACAGCACCAGCUAUUCCCAGCCCUGCCUCACCGGUGCCUGUGCUGAGUCAGGGGCCUAGGGCACGGCUGCUACCCCUGCACCCUGGUACAGAGCCCUUUGCUCUCAGGGACCCUGGGUCCCCUCCUGCACCCAAAUCCCAGCCCACCAGCUGUGGCAUCCGCUCCUUGAGGGCCCAGCUCCAGCACCUGGCUGACAAGCACAUCCAGUGAUUUGUCAGAGUAAUUAAAGUCUCAACAGCCUAAUCAAGGUCUUAUUGUCCAGUAGUAUUUAUAGUCCCACUCACUGCAGCGUGCUCCCUGUACAGCUGCGGGUGCAGUCACUGCCUGGGGUGCUGGUAUUCCCUGGGGAGAAGAGGCUGUGGGAGCUGAGGGUCAUUGCUCUGUGUCCCCUUCCUUGCUAUCACAGCUGCACCUCUCCCUUACUUUCAAAUUUGCUGGUUGGGGUGGUUUCCUAGGUGGUGGAGGCUAUUCUUGGGCACCACCAGAGCAGUUUUUCCUGGUUUCAGGGGCUGCUUCUUACCUGGGAGCAGCAGGGCUCUGGUACCCACUGGGCUGUGGGGCGUCAGCGCUGGCAAGUUUUUCUGUUUUCCACCAACACCUUUUGAGCUCCGGCUUCCUGGUAACACAGAUUAAUAUUUCAUGAGUAUGGCAGUGUGAACUCGACACUUAAGGAAUGCAAUGACCCAGCAGGAGACAGACAUAGGUGCGCUCAGAUGCGGGCAGGGGCACACACAUCUCGCACACACAUGGGUACAGCUGGAGCCCACUCGGCGGGACCUGGGCACAGCAUGAGGGUCUGACCUUGCUUCCCCCAGCCACCCUCUCUCUUCCCUCCCCAGCAGCUGCCAGCGUGGAGAAGGCAGAGCUAUGGCAUCGCUGCUGUGCAACACUCGCAUCCAGCUCACAGACACGCUGGAGCAGAUGCAGCAGGGGACCCUGAUGCGCAAAGUCAAGUCCAAGAGCUGGAAGAAGCAGCGUUACUUCAAGCUGCAGGAAGACUGCAUGACCAUCUGGUACCAGUCCAAGAGGACAGGCAAAACUGAGUCUGCCUUCUCCAUCAGCGAUGUGGAGACAGUGCGGGAAGGGCACCAGUCGGAGGUGCUGCAGAGCGUGGCCGAGGAGUUCCCCCCUGAGUGCUGCUUCACCAUUGUCUUCUACGGCCGUCGUGGCAACCUGGACCUCAUUGCUGGCUCGGCGGAGGAGGCACAGUGCUGGGUCCAGGGCCUGCGUCAGCUCAUCGAGGUGGCCACCACCAUGGACCAAAGGGAGAAGAUAGACCAAUGGAUUCGUGACUGGUUCCAGAAGGCUGACAAGAAUAAAGAUGGGCGCAUGAACUUCAAGGAGGUGCAGCGUCUCCUGAAGAUGAUGAACGUGGACAUGAACGAGGAUCAUGCCCUGCGGCUCUUCCAGGAUGCUGACAAGUCAGAGUCGGGGACACUGGAAGGGGAGGAAUUUGUACUCUUCUACAAGUCUCUCACGCAGCGUGAGGAGGUGCUGAGCCUCUUCCAGGAAUUCUCUGAGGAUGGAAAGAAGCUGACGCUGCUGGAGCUGGUGGAUUUCCUACGGCAAGAGCAGCUGGAGGAUGAGGGCACAGAGGAGCUGGCCAUGGAGCUCAUUGACAAGUAUGAACCAUCGGAGACAGCCCGGGCUCGCCAUGUGCUGAGUGCUGAUGGGUUCCUCAUGUACCUCUGCUCCCCGGAGGGCUCCAUCUUCAACCCCCAGCACCGGGCGCUGUGGCAGGACAUGAGCCAGCCACUCUGCCACUACUUCAUCUCCUCCUCCCACAACACCUACCUGAUAGAGGAUCAGAUUCGGGGCCAGAGCAGCAUCGAGGGCUACAUCAGGGCUCUGAAACGGGGCUGCCGGUGCCUGGAGGUGGAUUGCUGGGACGGGCCAAAUGGGGAGCCCAUGGUGUACCACGGCCACACCUUCACCUCCAAGAUCCCCUUCCGGGAGGUGGUGAGCACCCUGGGGAAGUACGCCUUCAAGACCUCGGACUACCCAGUGAUCCUGUCCCUGGAGAACCACUGCAGCAUGGAGCAGCAGGAGGUCCUGGCCCAGCAGCUCAAGGACAUCCUGGGGGAACAGCUCCUGACCACUACCAUUGAUGGGCAUGUCCCCACCCAGCUCCCAUCCCCAGAGGAGCUGAAGCACAAGAUCUUGCUGAAGGGCAAGAAGAUUGGGCGGCUGGAGAACACCCUGGAUGGGCCAGGGGAUGAGGCGCCUGAUGUGUCUGACAAUGACAAUGGGGCAGAGGCAGAGGAGGAGAAGCGGAGGGCAAAGAAGGACAAGGAGAGCCUGGCACAAGCAUUGUCCGACUGUGUCAUCUACUGCAAGAACGUGCCCUUCCGGGGCUUCCAGAAGGCCCGCAGCCAUUCCCGGCCCUCUGAGAUCUCCUCCCUCUCUGAAGCCAAGGCCAGGAAGCUCAUCCGGGAUGAAGGAAAUGAGUUUGUUCGCCACAAUGCCUGGCAGCUGACACGCAUCUACCCCAGCGGGAUGCGGACUGACUCCUCCAACUACAGCCCCCAGGAGAUGUGGAAUGUGGGGUGCCAGAUCGUGGCCUUGAACUUCCAGACAGCCGGCACGGAGAUGGACCUGUGUGAUGGGCUCUUCAGCCAGAACGGCUGCUGUGGCUACGUGCUCAAACCACCCUUCAUGAGGGAUGAGGAGACUCUCUUCAACCCUAGUGACCCCAGCAGCCGGGAAGGCCCUGGCCCCAUCACCCUGACAAUCCAGGUAAUCAGUGGGCAGCAGCUGCCCAAAGUGGCCAACAGCAAGGAGGGAGCCAUCAUUGACCCACUGGUGCGUGUGGAGAUCUACGGGGUCCCCGCGGACCAGGCGCACCAGGAGACCAAGUACAUCGAGAACAAUGGGUUUAACCCCCGCUGGGAUGAGACACUGCAGUUUCAGCUCCACGUGCCAGAGCUGGCCCUCAUCCGCUUUGUGGUGGAGGAUUAUGACAAGACUUCCAGGAAUGAUUUCGUGGGUCAGUUCACCCUAGCCUUUGCCAACAUCAAACCCGGAUAUCGCCACAUCCAUCUCCUCUCAAAGGAUGGCACCAGCAUCCCACCCUCUUCGCUCUUUGUCCAUAUAUGCAUCACCAAACCACCUGGUCCUGAGCAGGACUGAGCUCAUGGGGUGAGCAGCACCCAGAUGGAAGCCAUAGAGCCAGCUCCAAGCAGCUGGGGCCAUAGAGCCAACCACCUUGCCCUCUUGUUGAGCUGUUUCUGUCAUCCCUGUGUCAUUGUUGCUGCUGUGACUCCUUCUGCAGUAGCCUCCAAGGGCUGGUAAAAGCACUGACCUCCCCUUUCCAGGUUCAGGUUGCUGCUGCCCAUGCAUGAGUGUGGGGUCUACACCAGUGCAGCUCCCUGCACCCUCCACAGGCAUCCUGCCCUGGCCCACGGUCACAGCUUGACUGUGGGAAGGAGAAGAGAUGGUGUGUGGCCCAGCUCUGCUGCAGGGGCUGGUCCCCCUCCAGCCAGGGGAGCAAGGCUGGAGCCGAGCAAACCCUAGGGCUGGGCACAGCUGGGAGUAAAGUUGGUCCUCACUGCCCCCUAACCCUGCAGAACCCCAUCACAUCCCUUGGCCCCUAGAGCCCCAAAUUAACCCUUGUCCCAUCCUUUCUCUGUAAGCAACCUAAUAAAUUGUUCAGUGACAAACA